AUGUCUGUUUCUGAGAGUUACGCCAGUUCCACCAACCCGACGCUCAACUCCAAGAGUCCUUUACUUCCAUCAUCUGCAGCCAAUGGAGCUCAGACACCCAAAGGCACGCUCGUGCCGACCAACAGCGUGACGACGAAAGAAGGCCUUACUGUUCGAACCCGUAUUGAUCCAACACUCACUGUUGACGACGUCGUGCGCCAACUAUGCAUCAACCUUCAGAUCAAGGAAGCGCCAUCCAACUACGCUUUGAGAGACGACAACGGUGAGCUGGUCACAAAUGACAACCUUCGCAAGAAAGUCAAGUCCAAAGCCAACCUAAGGCUUGUCAACGCACCCGCUCGAGAAGCGAGGGAACUUGCCCAGAAACUUAGUAGCAUGACAGACGAAGAUUCAAAUCUGCGACUCACAACAUUCACGCUAGCCAAAUACAUUCGCGAAGAACAAUUCGCCCAGGAGUUCCUGAUGCAUGACGGAUUAAACGAACUAGUGGACGUAAUAUUCAACACGCACGGCAACAUACUCUGCUACGCUCUUACAUCAGUCCAGAAUCUCAUGGAUUUCGACUAUGGCUGGGCAACUCUUUCCGAUUCAUUCAUCUUGAAAGUUGUCCAAAUCCUAUCUUCCCCCUCGUCACUCAUCAACGUCUGUCGCCCUGCUACCGCUAUCCUGAAGAAGCUCGUUGAGGCGGACCCCGAAGCCGCUCCUAAUGUCCAACCCAGCACAAGCACCGCGUCCCCCGUCGCCGAACCAGGCUCCGUGUAUCGGUAUGGCUUUCAGGUAGUAUUUGAACAGAUACGGAAGGAGCCGAAGAUGCUGGAAACUGUUGUGAAUAGAUUAGGCAGCGCAGAUACCGCCAUGGCCCAGUAUAGCAUGAUGCUCAUCAAUUCCCUUCUGGCCCACGCUAGCGAAGCACGGUGGGAAGAGUUCAUCAUAGAACUGGAGAGGCUUAACGUUCGAAAGGCCGUCGCCAGGUUGAUGACCUCGCACAUUUUCGAAGACUUGACUUCCUGCGUGCUUGACUUCCAGGCGAACCUCGUUCGCGUCACGUACAGGAAAAUGAUGACGGACAUCAACUUGAAUAACCAAGUGCACGAUUACAUGCUUCGACAAAUCUGGCAACGGAGUAAACUUGAAGAAACGGUGGAUGCUGAUGGCCAAGUUGUUAAAUGGCGGCAGCUUGGUUUCGACGACGAGGAUGUGGUGGAGCAAUUCGGCGACGUCGGCGUUCUUGGAGUGGAAUGUAUGUUACGCUUCGCAAAGCACUGCGACCCCGAAUUCGACAAGCUUGUCCUGGAACAAUUAAGUCGACCAGCGGAUAGACAAUGUCCCAUAGGUAAGGCGUCUAACGAAGUGGUGGAGCUUCUCUCCGAGCAUUGGUCAAUCUUCGCGCCCGGUUAUUCGACAUCAACAACGUUUCAACCUUUCUUUUUGGACUUCUAUCGAGUCCACACAUUAGCAACUCAGUUCUUCCUCCGGAUGUGGGGCGAAAGCGGAGCAGCGACAGGCGAUUUCACUCGCGUCGUCGCCCUUGUUCGAAGCCAAAUCAAAGUUGCUCUGAGGAGUGAGAACGUCCGAGAAUGGCACGAAGUCGAGCAGGAUUUCCUUGGGUCCGAAUACCGCGCAGUGAGGGACCGCCAAAUGAAGGAGCUAGAAUUGGAGGACGAUCUGCUUAGUAAAGUUCCAAUACGGAACCUACGGGCCAAAUUGUACAAGGAGUCGUACGAGUUUGUGCGACAACAACGGAUUCAGUGCUUACUCCAAGGCGGAUGGUUUGUCAACGCUCUGCCUCAAUCUGCUAUCGCUUCUCGAGAGCCUCCAAGACGUCCCUCGCGGCCUUGGCGUUUCAUGAGACUGGAUAAUGGCCUGAAGUACAUCCACUAUGUGGACAGCGCGGUGAAAUUUCCCGUCCGUAAUGGAUUGGAAGAUCUGCCAGAGCGGUUAGAUGUAUCACAGAUCAGUGAGAUCGCAACAGGGACUUGUGCUGCGCCUCCGAACGUAGGCCUAAGCCAUGGGAAUGGGAACGACCUUCCUCCACCAACCAACUCCCUCAUCGCCUCCCCGCUGUCGUUUUCGCUUAUCAGCGCCCACGAAGGUUCCUUAGCCGAUCUCAUUGCUCCGGAUCCGUCACGAUGGGCAGAUUGGACCGAUGGACUGAACAUGUUGCGGCGAGACGGAGGACACGUAGCUUCUAAGGAGACCGCAGGCUUCGUACAGGCGUUGACGGAACUUGGGCUCAAGAUCAAGUUGCUAGAUCUGACGGGUGACGGCGUUGAGAUUCCAAGCGGUUUGGUUGCUGGUCCGCCUCCAACCAAUACGGAUUUCUUUUUCUCUGAUUUAGUAUGA